AUGGAGAGAAUCAAAAGGCGGCCGGUCCCCGUCGUCGUCAAGACCUCCAGCCGUGACACAGGGGCCGAAAACAACUCAACCUCUCCUCCAUCAAAGUCCUGGCCCGGCCCAUGGGGUCGGAUAGGCGGCCAGGCAGGCGCCGCCGUCAUCCUCGGCACGCUUCUCCAGCUCGGAACGUUUGGCUUCCUCAUCUUCCUCUGGGUCGGACGGGGUUCCGAAUUCGACGGAGCCAAAGCGCCGCCUCUCUGGCGAAAGAUUUUCCUCUCGGGCGUGGGCACUCGGGUCGUCACCGUCUGCGCCCUCAUCAUCCGCUCCAUUGUCGGACUGCAAGCGACCGUCUGCACUGGUCUCGCGGCGGCAUUGGUUCUUGAGGCCCGGAAAGUAGACAUGAGCAAUGCGGCUGCGUUUUCGGUCCUGCGUGCCGUCAACGGAGGACCGAUUUCGUUCGUCACGCCUCUCGCGAAGACGCCGGGCCGGUUGUUUACUUCUGUGCCGGCGCUGUUGAUACUCGUCCUCUGGCUGGUGUCGACGGCCAUUUCGUUCUCAUCGACGAUUCUUCUGUCCGAUUUCCGCACGAUUCCUCUUGUCCUGCAGUCUUCCAACACUCAUGUCCCGGUCAUUGAGGCCUCUUCGGAGCUCGUCGGUCCAUUCGGGCUGCCUCGUCUGGGACCCGAUCCGGGGAUCUGGCAGCAACCUCUGCAGACGUUUUCUACUUUCGGAGAGGCCACCUUGGAAAAACCGAGUUCCAAGGAGGGCUUCACUGACACGGGUGUCAUCAAGCGAUCGAUGAUCCCCCUCCAGACUCAGAGCCGCAAGAAUCUCCGUUCAUACGAGGGAGCUUCCGCCGUCUACACCUCUCGCGCUGCCUGUACUCGUCCCAAGAUUGUCGAUGGGUUCAUCACCAACAUCCCACCCACUUCGGCCAUAUCCCACAUGAUGCAGGAUGCGAUUAUAGUGGGCAACAUCACCUGGGAAUCGCAAGAAACGCACACAUUCUUAGAUGGUUUGUCGUGCGGGCGAGCAGGGUCAACCUGCAAGCAGGCCUUCAACUGCUCCCUGCCAUAUGCCUACACAAACGACGAGAAGCCAAUUCUUCCGCGCCAACCAACCUCUCUCUGCGUCAUCGAAUCCGCCGACCAGCUAGGAGACAGUUCCGACCCGAACGCGCCCCUCCCAGCACUCAUGCUGGUGCUCAACACAAACGUCGAUACAGUCCACUGGGCUGCCAUAGCCCUGGCCCACAUGAACGAUGAAUCGAACAACUAUCCUUUGCCGAACCAGGGCAGCUGGCAGGAAUGGACCGUCAUGAACUUUGGAGACAUGCAAAUGCUCAAUGCCUCGCUUUGCCUGCUCAACUCGACGCUGACGCUGGAGCACGUCUCGCUCAACUCCACUUCCGACUCCCUCGACCCGGAGAUCCAGUACUAUGCCGGGAACAACACCUGGGCCACCGAUGCAAUCGUCGGCAUGACGGACACAACUGGCAAUUCUUCCUAUGCUUCUCGUGGCAUCAUGGCCCUCAACUCCUGGACCGACGUCUCAACAGACGAGCUCACCAACAUGUACGCCCAAUCUAGCAACUACAACCCCAGCUUCAUGAACAGCACCGACGUCACCAACCAGUUCUUCACCGACGUCCAAAAGGGCAUCAUCACCAACGACUUCCACGUCGCCCGGCAGCCCGGAUACACAAACUUCUCCGUCUACGUGUGCGGCGUCUGCUCCGCGCUCGGCGACACCGACACGGCGUGGCAGGCCCAUCCGUACGUCAGCCUCAUCUUCCACGCCGUCGCCGGCAGGACGGGCAGCAUGGCGCAGGCCAUCCAGGCGACCUUUUUCUGGCUCUACCAGGCGCAGUACUCGAGCGCCGUGCCCGGCUUCGACAUGGGCGACAACAGCACCAUGGUCUUUUCCGCCGAGGCGUCGGUCCCCGUGGGCAACACGGGCAUCAUCGUCGUGGGCGUGCUCGUGCUGGUGAACCUCGCGUGCGUGUUUGCCGUGACGGGCAUGUUCCUCUGGGGGACGCACUGGUCGCUGUAUGGAAACAUAUGGCACGCCGUCGCGCAGCUCGUGGCUGGACCGGAGAUCCGGCCGAUACUGGAGGAUGCGACGGCGGCGACGGACGGGGAGGUUGAGGGCAAGCUCAAGUACGAGGGCACCAAGACGACCAAGGUUGGGCUGUGGGAUCAAGGAAACGGGAGGUUGGCGGUUGCGAGCGGCGCCAAUCUUUCUACAGUGACGACCUGGGUGUAA